UAUGUACAUUUAUUACAUAACUAUUUUGAAAUGAUUAUUUGAUAUAUGAUAAUUUUUUUCUAAUGGUUGUAGAAACAUUUUAAACAUAUUGUCUCCAAAUCAUAAUAAAAUUUUCUUCAUAUUAAUGUGGUACAACGGUAAAUAUGAUAUUUGAAAACGUAUAUGUUAUGAAUAUCAUUGUAAUAAUAAUUCUAUGAUUCUUAGUAAGAAUUAAUAUAAUUAUACAUACAAAAAUUUAAUUCUAAAAUUAGCAUCUUGUAGCAUUCAUAAUAUGAAGUAUUUAAAUAAAUAUCAUCUAUAUCUUACCAAGCAUUCUCGCAUAAUUGCAUUAAUUUUUUAAGAUGAUAAAUUACGUAACACUUCUCCACGUAUAAUAGAAAAAAUAAAAUUAUAGUUGUCAAAACUCAUAGCAAAAAAUUCCGUUGUUAUCCAUUGCUAAAAAUUUAUUGCGAAUAUUUAUUCAAGAACUAUAAGGACUAUUCAGUACGAGUUAUGUAUUGUACUCUCUGGUGAGAGUACUUGUACAUUCGUAAUUCAAACAGUAGAAUGUUUCUCAAAGAGUCAGCUGUCAAACGCUGUUUGAGUCUAUCAUUAGUACCUAUAUUACACUCAUACGAGACGUAUACUUAUUGCAAGUGUCUGAUGCCUAUGGAAACCCGCGUGAUCGUUUUGCGAUCGUGCAUUUAGGUAUGGGAGAAAAACAAGUGUGCGGAACAGUACCUAAAAUAUUAAUUUAUUCAUAAGCGGCACUUGUCGCAAAAGAGAUCUUUUGAGGGAGCCAUCGCAAUUCAGACGAUAUUGUUGCAACUUCUAUGUGAAGUAUGGAUCACAGUAGAGAUUAUUAUUACAGUAUCAGUAAGUGGUAUCUGAUGGUAGUCGGUCAGUGGCCUUAUCAGAAGGUGAAAGAGAGUUUAUCUGCCUUGACUAUUAUACUCAUUCUUGACGCAAGCGCGGUUGUUACACAGAUAGGAAAAUUUGUUAUAUGUACUAAUGCGCAGUGUAUUUAUGAAACCUUACCUCCUCAUAUGCUGACUAUAAUGAUUUUGGUGAAAAUUUUCACAUUUCAAUUCAACAGCAGAAAGAUUAAAGAUCUCACUGAUCGCUUAUUCGUAGACUGGGAUAUGCUCCAAACUAAGGAAGAACACGACAUUAUGAGAAAGUAUGCCCAAAACGGCAGGUGGUACGCGCUAAUAUACGGCUCAUAUGUUUACAUGUCUACCAUUUCAUUUACAACAACCUCUCUUGUGCCACGCAUAUUGGAUGUUGUAUUUCCGUUAAAUACUUCCCGACCUAUAAUGUUAGCAUAUCCGGCAUACUAUUUCGUUGAUGAAAAUCAGUAUUUCUACUACAUUUUUCUCCAUAUGUUAAUUACCAGCACCGUGUGUAUGACAGGAUUAAUCGCACACGAUAGUAUGUUCUUUGUUUACGUCGAACACAUCUGCGGUCUUUUUGCUAUUGUCGGAUUUAGAUUUGAACAUGUGUCACAUGAACGUCAUAGUAUGAAAAAAAGUUUAAUCUCUUGUCUGGAUGACAAAUAUCACAAAAGUGUUGUGUUUUCAAUUUACGCUCACCGAAAGGCUUUACAGUUUGCCAAACUUCUUGAAGACACCUUUACAAUAUCGUUCGUUGUGCAACUUUUGGUAGUUACAAUUGGUUUGAGCAUUACCUUGGUACAACUGUCAAUAAAUUUGCAAGAUUUUGCAGAAGCAAUGAGGUACUCAGUCUUUAUUAUUGCUCAAUUAUUUCACUUGUUCUGCUUAAGCUUCCAAGGACAAAAGUUGAUAAAUCACAGCCUCGAAAUUUCCGACAAGAUAUUUUGCGGCACGUGGUUUACUAUACCCGCGAAGGAACAAAGACUGCUCCUGUUCGUAAUGAGAAAAAGCAUUGAAGCUAGUACUUUAACCGCUGGCAAAAUAUAUGUGUUUUCUUUGGAAAGUUUUACAACGGUAAUAUGGAAUAUUACAGAUGUUACUAAAAUACGCAGACUAGAAAGACAUAUAUGUAUAUAUAAAAAACCUGUAACUGUUCUUAUUUAGGUUGUACAAAGCUCAAUGUCAUACUUUACAUUAUUAUCAUCCUUUCAAUCGUGAUAAAAAUCGGCGAUUGUGACAUCAGGUAGUAAAAUAUCCCUGAAGAAUUCCACAGGAAUAUAAUAUUACAAAUUAUAUACAUCAAAUGAAAUAAUAUUUAUAUUUGUUACUGUUUAGCAAUACAAUUUUAAAAGUAAUACACUUUCAUAUUUUUUAUCGAUAAGCAAUUAAUUUUUCCUUCAUCUCUUCCUGAAAUACUCACAAUACACACAAAAGUUCUUUAUACAUAUAGAAGGUACUCAUUUUGUUGCACUAUUUUGUUCUGAUCGAUACGUGCUCUUCGGAGGGAGCUUGAAAACUAGUCACUUAUCCCGCUAUGGAGUUUCGUUACUGUCGAAGAAACAAAUAUUAGUGUUAAUGUAAUCGCGUGUACUCGGAAAAAAAACUACUCUGUACGAAAUUUAGUGCUAUCAUAAAUGCAAAUUCUACUUUCCAGCGUAUUUGUGCACUAGUAAUUUAAAUUGUAUUUCUCAA